UCCACUCCUCCAGCACUUGACACUGCUGGUCGCCUGCUUGCUAUGCCCUUGUAAGCUACGAAGCUAACCUAAGUGCCCCAUCUGGAAAGAUGAAUUGAGUUUUAUUUCGGAAACAGAUCUGAUAGACACCUAUAUUUGCAAUUAGUUGUGCACAGCAGUAUGUUACGAGCCGGAAGUGUGGUUACCUGCAUGGCCUGCAGGAAUCUGCUUCCCUCCAGAAUGGGGGUGAAGAUUCGUGUACCCCUGCAGAAACUGCACCCGCUCUCCCGUGCCAUCCACCACCGCUUCUCCGCUAACACAAAUCCAAAGAGACCACCUCACUGCUCAGCUGCCCGCCAUUACACAUCGCUUUCUAGACUCCCCAUGCAGUCUCCCAAGUCCCGGUCAGGAGGCCAUGGCUAUCAACAGCAUCGCACCUUCUGGGUGGCCCGUCUCGCUGCCAGACUGCUGAAAUUGAGGUACAUCUUGCUCGGCUCAGCAGUUGGAGGUGGAUAUACAGCAAAAAAGACUUAUGAUGAAUGGAAGGAAAUGCUUCCUGAUAUGAGCCAGUACACCUGGAUUGUGCCAGACUUUGUUUGGGAGUUGAGUGAAAACAUUGACUUAAACAAGCUCGCCAGUGCUUUGCCUGAAAUAGAGGAGAUAGCUAAACUACUGCCUGAUAUGGAAAAGAUCAGAGAGAAUUUCACCUUCCUGAAGAGCCUUCUCUCCAGUGGUUUGGGUGAAGUCAAUGGAGCUUCUGGUCUGCGUCUGUUAUUAGAAACCACAGGUGACUCAGCCCUGAGAGCUCCAGAUAUCUCACCAACGUCUGCAGCUGUGUCUGACAGCAGUGAUAAACAGUUCAAAAAGCAGGGGCUGCUCAGCGAGCUCAUUCUCAUUCAGCAGCAGAUCCAGCAGCAUGAGGAGGAGAUGCGGCGGGCGGCGGCUGCAGCCAGUAAUGCUCCGCCUCCGCCGCGUGAACCCAGUCCCAGCCCCGCCCUGAACCCCAGCCCCUCGCAGCCCAAAAGCAAGUCUUCUGAUAAAGAAAAAAUUGACCAGCUUCAGGAAGAACUUCUUCGAACACAGUUGAAGUACCAGCGGAUGCUGGAGCAUCUGGAGAAGGAGAAUAAGGAACUGAGGAAAGUUGUUUUGCAGAAAGAUGACAAGGGUAUUCACCAAAGAAAAGUCAAGAAGUCUUUGAUUGAUAUGUACUCUGAGGUCCUGGACAUUCUCUCUGAUUAUGACUCAAACUACAACACCCAAGAUCACCUGCCAAGGGUCGUGGUAGUUGGAGAUCAGAGUGCAGGAAAGACCAGUGUGUUGGAGAUGAUUGCUCAAGCCAGGAUCUUCCCCAGAGGCUCUGGUGAAAUGAUGACCAGGUCUCCUGUAAAGGUGACAUUGAGUGAAGGUCCCCAUCAUGUAGCAAUGUUCAAAGACAGCACUCGUGAGUUUGACCUUGGAAAAGAGGAAGAUCUGGCUGCCCUGAGGCGUGAGAUUGAGCUCAGGAUGAGGAAGAGUGUGAAGGAAGGCCAGACAGUCAGCCCAGAGACCAUCUCUUUAAGUGUAAAAGGCCCAGGAAUCCAGAGAAUGGUGCUGGUUGACUUGCCAGGAGUCAUUAGUACUGUGACAACUGGCAUGGCUGCUGACACAAAGGAAACAAUUUUCAGCAUUAGCAAAGCCUACAUGCAGAAUCCAAAUGCCAUCAUCCUUUGCAUUCAGGAUGGCUCAUUAGAUGCAGAACGUAGUAUAGUCACUGAUCUAGUCAGUCAGAUAGACCCUCUGGGAAAAAGGACCAUCUUUGUUCUUACCAAGGUUGACCUGGCAGAAAAGAACCUGGCUAGUCCAAGCAGAAUCCAGCAAAUAGUUGAAGGCAAAUUAUUCCCAAUGAAGGCGUUGGGCUACUUUGCUGUUGUAACUGGCAAAGGCAGUAGCAAUGAGAGUAUAGACUCUAUCAAAGACUAUGAGAAAGACUUCUUCCAGAACUCCAGACUGCUAAGGGAAGGCAUGUUGAAAGCUCACCAGGUGACCACAAAGAACCUGAGUCUUGCUGUGUCAGACUGCUUUUGGAAGAUGGUGAGAGAGUCAGUGGAACAACAAGCAGAUGCCUUCAAAGCAUCCCGAUUUAACCUGGAGACUGAGUGGAAGAACAACUACCCUCGUUUACGAGAGCUUGACAGGAACGAGCUCUAUGAGAAAGCCAAAAAUGAGAUCUUGGACGAGGUGAUCAGCUUGAGUCAGGUGACACCAAAACACUGGGAGUCCAUCUUGCAGAAAAAGCUGUGGGAGAGGGUGUCAACACACGUGAUUGAGAACAUCUACCUGCCUGCUGCUCAGACCAUGAACUCUGGCACUUUCAACACCACUGUAGACAUCAAACUCAAGCAGUGGACUGAUAAACAGCUUCCUCAUAAAGCACUGGAGGUUGCUUGGGAGACGUUGCAGGAGGAGUUUGCCCGCUUCAUGGCAGAAUACAAAGGAAAAGACCAGGAUGACAUCUUUGAUAAGCUUAAGGAAGCUGUCAAGGAUGAGUGCAUCAAACGACACAUGUGGAACGAAAGGGCCAUGGACAGCUUGAGAGUGAUUCAACACAACGCUCUGGAAGAUCGCUCUAUCACAGACAAGCCCCAGUGGGAUGCUGCUAUUCAGUUCAUGGAGGAAACGCUACACUCUCGCCUUAAAGACACGGACUCAGUAAUAUCAGAUAUGGUUGGGCCAGACUGGAAACAGAGGUGGUUGAGCUGGAAAAAUCGAACACCAGAGCAGCACAUCCGUAAUGAAACCAAAAAUGAGCUGGAGCGUCUACUAAAGCUGCAUGAGGAUCACACCGCUUACCUGGCCAAUGAUGAGGUCACUACAGUACGCAAAAACCUGGAGGGACGAGGGGUGGAGGUGGACCCCGUACUGAUCAAGGACACGUGGCACCAGCUCUAUCGACGUCACUUCCUGCAGAAAGCUUUGUUUCAUUGUAACCUCUGCCGGCGAGGUUUCUACUACUACCAGAGGCACUUUGUAGAUUCUGAGCUGGAGUGUAAUGAUGUGGUUUUGUUCUGGAGGAUCCAGAGGAUGUUAGCCAUCACAGCCAAUACUCUCAGACAGCAGCUCACCAAUACAGAAGUGCGGCGCUUAGAAAAGAAUGUUAAAGAAGUGUUAGAUGACUUUGGAGAGGACAAUGAGAAGAAAGUCCAGCUAAUCACAGGCAGGAGGGUUCAGCUGGCAGAAGACCUCAAAAAAGUACGUGAAAUUCAGGAGAAACUUGAAGCCUUCAUAGAAGCUCUUCACAAAGAGAAAUAGCGAAGAUCACCAUGCUUUUGGACAUAGUCACAUCCUUACAGAAGAAAUUGCACUGAUCUGACAACAUCAUUUUUGCUUUUUGCCCUUUGAAAAUGGCUGUCCUCCUAGCUUCUCCUGUGCUCUGGUUUUAACAUGUCCUGCAUCAACUUUCAAUCCUCUCCCCGACUGACACACACACACACUCCCUCUUAAAACUUCCCCUGUGUAAGCAAGUGCAGUGAGCAGGAGUCCCUUUAACUUUGCUGCACAUUUAAUCACUGCUGGAGCGUAAGCACUUACUCAAGUAGAGAAUGGUACUGGUCAGAACACCAUGCGUUAUUCUUUCUUCCGCCAAUGUGUUCACCAGACAUGUUCGCCAAGCACAGGGAUUCAGCAACAAGAGAAAAGGGUGGAAACGACAUGCACAUACAUCUCUCAUCCCUCGUUCCCAAUAAAUGAGGAGUUUGUCUGGGUUUCUCUUUUCCUUGACUGGCUUUAUUCAUGAAGGUGAAGUUUAUUGAGAAGCCACGUGGUUUAAUGCAUCUGAUAUUGAUUUGCCUGGCUGUGAAUAGAGAGAAUGUUCCAAAACGUCUUAAAUAACCAAUUUCUGUCUUUGUAUUUCUUUUGGAGCUGUGUCGUUUCUCACAGACUGGACAACAUACUGAUGUUUGUGACCAGUAUGUCACAGUUAAAAUUAUAUUCAUCUUAACAUCUCCCCAUUUAACAUAUAAAUAGACCACCAUCUUCUGUAAUUAUUUUGUAGUGUCUACAUUAAUACAUGCCGUUAUUUGUAGAUCUUAUUUGUACAUAUGCACUUUCCCAGUUUGCUUAUAGUCACUCUGAGCUUAGUUCAAAGUAUUAAAGAAAACAUAACUUAAUCUUCAGUUUUGAAUAUGUAAAACACAGGUUUUAUUAAUUGAGGAAGUUACAGCACCAGAUCUUUCACUCCUCAAACAAGUGGAUGAAAAUGCAAUGUCAUAUGCUGUCCAUUGUGUGUUUUUUUUUUUGCUCUCCACUCAAUUUUAAGGGAUUAAAAUGCAUUUGAUUUACCCUGUUCAUCUUCAGAUGUAUUGCACUUUUCUUUUUUGCUUGCACAUUUAAAUUUUCAUCUUGCUCCCUGGAUGUUUUUUUUUUUUUUUUUUGCAGUUUGCUUGGGUCUUAUACAAAUAUAAAAUCCACUUCAAAGUCCUAUAAUUUUGAGUGAAGGGUUAUCAAACCUUUGUUCCUGGUAGCUCAUACAUGUAAAUGGGUAAAUAAACAUGUCCUUGUCAAGUGAAACUAAGUUCAUUGUAAUCAUGGCUCUGUUAUCACAAUGUGGAAAUAUAAUAUAAGUGUGAUGCUUGUAACAAAAUAUCUGUAGGUUGGUUCAAGAAUGUUUUCCCCCCCUUUUUUGAAGAUUGUACUGUUUGCAUGUUGUACCCCAUCAGAUGUGGUUUAUUUAUUAAAUUGGUGUUAAAGAAGAAAUAAUAAAAGUGACUUUAAAAGUCCUUUAAAAAGAUCUCAGUAUAAGAUGACAAGAGGUGGAUGAUAUCCAACGUGAGUUCAACCUUUGUAGUUUUCUGGGAUUUUUGCAUGCUGUUAUUUUGGCAACCAUCGUUAAACAUUUUGUCAGGUGUCACAGUGCAUGUUUUCUCCAUUCAGUUUUAUGCCUUUAGUUCUUUUGAACUGGUUUAUUCGAUGAAAUGUUGUGUUAAAUUGCAACAAAAGGAAACAUAUUUGUCAUACUUUUUGUUUGAUAAACACAUCCAAUAUUGAAAGAUC